GAAAGAACUACACAUAGAAUGGCUACUGCUGGACAGGUAAUUAAAUGCAAGGCUGCCGUGUGCUGGGGACCUAAGCAACCACUCACUAUUGAAGAGAUUGAAGUUGCCCCACCAAAACGUCAUGAAGUUCGCGUCAAGAUUGUGGCCACUGGGAUAUGUCGCUCAGAUGAUCAUGUACUAAGUGGGGCUUUAAGUUUGAAAUUUCCAGUGAUAUUAGGCCAUGAAGCUGCAGGGGUUGUGGAAAGUGUGGGAGAAGGAGUGACUAAAUUCAAACCAGGAGAUAAAGUCAUCCCACUGUUCGUGCCACAGUGCAGAGAAUGCAGAUGUUGUAAAAAUCCAGAGAGUAAUCUGUGUUACAAAAAUGACAUUGGCAAAUAUGAAGGUGUGCUGUUGGAUAAAACCAGCAGAUUUACUUGCAAAGGAAAACCCAUUUGCAACUUUAUCAGCACCAGCACAUUCACUGAAUACACUGUGAUGGAUGAAAUAGCUGUUGCUAAGAUCCAUGACGAUGCUCCACUGGAAAAAGUCUGCUUGAUUGGCUGUGGGUUCUCAACUGGAUAUGGCUCUGCUGUAAACAUUGGUAAAGUUAAGCCUGGCUCCACAUGUGCAGUGUUUGGUUUGGGAGGUGUUGGGCUCUCUGUGGUUAUUGGAUGUAAAGUUGCUGGUGCCUCCAGAAUUAUUGGAAUUGAUUUAAAUAGUGAUAAAUUUGCAAAAGCCAUGGAGUGUGGAGCCACUGAAUGUAUCAAUCCAAAGGACCACAAUAUUCCUAUCCAUGAGGUCUUGGCAAAGAUGACUGACGAUGGUGUGGAUUAUGCCUUUGAGGUCAUUGGAAACACUUCAGUAAUGACCUCUGCCCUUCAAUCUUCUCACUUUGGCUGUGGAAAAACUGUCAUCGUUGGCUUGGCUCCUUCAACUGCUGUGAUGUCAUUUGAUCCCUUGCUAAUUCUAACUGGACGCAUCUUGACCGGAGCUGUUUUUGGAGGCUGGAAGAGUAAAGAUGAUGUACCAAAACUGGUAUGUGACUAUCUGGACAAGAAGUUUGAUUUAGAUCCCCUUAUAACACACUAUAUGCCAUUUGAGAAGAUAAAUGAAGGAUUUGAACUCCUGCGUAAUGGAAAAAGUAUUCGCACAAUUCUGACCUUCUAA